AGCCACAUGGACACGACCCGUUACGAAUCACACAUUAUAUUUCCAGGACUGUAGCCACAGAACUUGGGGUUGUUCACCUGUCUUGUGCCGCUCAGGCAUUCCCCGUACCUGUCUAUACCUGGUACAAACUGGAGGACGGCGAGCUUCGGGAACUGGACAAAAGAGAUGAGAUCAUUGUUCGUGAAGGACUAAUAAUAAUAACUCGCGCGCAAAUACAUCACAGUGGGAAGUAUGUGUGCUUCGUGAAUAACAGCAUUAGCGAAGACAGAAGAACGACAGAACUGGUAGUAACAGCUGAACUUCGAGCGUCUGUUUUCCCAGCACGUCAACAUGUAGAUAUUGACUCUUCGGCCACGCUGACUUGUGAGACUUCUGGGUAUCCGGUAAACACCGUCUUGUGGCUGAAAAAUGCAGAACCAGUCCAAGUUGACAGUAGGAUUCAACUUGUUCAAAGUAAUCGACUUCUGAUAACGUCAGUGGCCAGACAUGACGCGGGGUUUUAUCAAUGCUUUGUUUACAACGAAAUUGAAUCAACUCAAGGAUUUGCUCAAGUGAUCAUCGCAGAUAACCCCCCAGUUUUCCUGGAGAAGUUUGAGGCACAAGCCGGUAUCCCAGGGAAACCAAUGUCGCUGAAGUGCGUGGCUUCCGGAAGCCCUCUGCCACAAAUUUCGUGGACAUUGGAUGGCUUUCCAGUUCCUGAAAACUUCGGCUUCCGUUUUGGUGAUUACGUCAUUCGAGAGAACACUGUCGUCAGUUUCAUGAACAUCUCAAACACUAAAGCUCAACAUGGCGGAAAUUACGUAUGCCAGGCUAGUAACUCAGCUGGACUGAUACGUCACAGUGGCCGGUUGAUAGUUCCAGGUCCGCCCUACAUCCGUUCCAUGAAGAACUUGACCGUUGUUGCUGGGGAGAACCUGAAUGUGGCCUGUCCGACAGGUGGAUAUCCGAUCGAUUUUGUCACGUGGGAAAGAGAUGGCGUAAGACUACCGUAUCGCCGCCGUCAACUGGUUUUCUCCAAUGGAACUCUCCAGAUCAAGGCUGUGACUCGACCUAGGGACGAGGGUUUGUAUACCUGCAGAGCCAAUAAUAAACAGGGGGAUACUGCAGAAGGAACGGUUGCUAUCGUUAUAAGAAUGAGACCACAAAUUGAACCUUUUCAUUUUCCUCAAUCCGUCCAUCUUGACCAACGUCUUACUACCACCUGUACCGUUGUCAAGGGAGAUCCACCAAUGAAACUUAAAUGGUUAAAAAACGGACAGCCAUUGGUGGAAUCCGAAGAACUCAAAGUGCACGUCCUAGCGGACUAUUCCUCAACUAUCUUGUUUAAAUCCGUGAAUCCAACCCACCGAGGUCUUUACACGUGCAUUGCUACAAACAAUGUCGGUACUGACCAGCACAGUUCCACAAUGGUCAUCCAUGUGUCACCAGUGUGGAAGAUAGAACCUAAUAACACGAAGGUCGUAAGGGGUGAAAGCAACACCAUAAACUGUCGAUCUGAGGGAUUUCCCCCACCCCGAGUCACUUGGCUCAAGGCCGUUGGAGAUUCCCUUGGUAAUUAUCAACCAGUGGUCAGCAAUUCUCGUGUCCACGUCAUGGAAAAUGGUUCCCUUGUGGUGCUGGAAGCUCAAAAAGAAGAUGAAGGAUAUUAUUUAUGUCAGGCUUCAAAUGGAGUAGGGAGUGACCUUAGUAAACUGAUCCAUCUCUCCAUACAUGUUUCUGCUCAUUUCCAGAACUCUUUCCAAUCCUUACAAAGCAAGAAAGGUGAAGAAGCUGAGAUAGAAUGUGAGGCGUAUGGCGAACAUCCAAUCACGAUAUCUUGGUUUAAAGAUAAACAACCAAUCAGCACCAGAAGAGAUCGGAGAUACACUUUCUUAGACACGCUUACACCCGACGGAGUCAAAGGUCAACUGACCAUUCGGAACACGGAUAGAAGAGACUCCGCUCUGUUCACCUGCAAGGCAUCAAAUGUAUAUGGGCAAGAUGAAACUAAUAUUCAGCUACUUGUUCAAGAGCCCCCUGAUAGCCCCCAAGAUGUACGAGUUCAAGACUUUGGCAGCAGGACAGUGACUGUCGCUUGGUCGCCAUCAUACAGUGGUAACAGCCGCAUCACAAUGUAUAUUGUCAGUCAUCAGAGAGCUGACUUCAACAUUGGAGGUAACAUGGAAUCAGAAGUGACUGUCCCUGCUUCCAAGACUAAGGCUAUUAUCACGGGUCUCUCCCCAGUGACAACAUAUUCUUUCCGCAUCUCAGCUGUAAAUGACCUUGGACAAAGUGACCCUAGUAGAGUUGUGGUGGCCACAACUGACCAAGAAGCACCUGGUGGUCCUCCUUUAUUUGUUCAGGUUCAAGCAUUGUCUUCAAGUCAGAUAAAGGUGACUUGGAAGCCUCCUAAGACGAGUCAAUGGCACGGAAAUAUUAAAGGGUAUUACGUUGGUUACAAAAUCACUGAUGCUUCAGAAAAGUUCGUCUAUAAAACAUUGGAAGAGGAGAAAGGAUUUAACAGAGAAUGUGUCCUUACGAGCCUCCGUAGAUUUACACGCUAUACUGUUAAAGUUCAAGCUUUCAAUAGUAAAGGCACAGGGCCAUCAUCAGACCAUUUGAUUGUUAAAACAUUAAAAGAAGAUCCACCACUGGCUGUUGAACUAUCUGUUGCUAGGGUGACCUUCACGACCAUUGACGUCGUAUUGCAGAGGAACCCACUAGACACCAAUGUUAUUACAG